UGAUUGGUUAGCACAGAGAAGAAGUUGUGGCGGAAUAUCAACUGUUUUUAAAGAGCGGUGGAUAGUGUAUUGUGAAAAAAGGGGUUAAAAAUAAACAUUUGAAUAAUGCCGAUGUAUUAAAAUAUCGAUCAAGUAUCUGUAUGUGGUCGAUAAGUGCGAAUUCUGAGACGAGUCGCGCUGCAAAGGUCCGAAUCUAGCGUUAACGAUUAUGGCCGUUGUUGGGAGUUGCAUUCUAGCACGAUCCCAGUUGGCCUAGUACCGCUUGGAAGCAGAGUUAAACUCGACGACUCGACGCGUUAGAUUAUUGACGUGUUGGCCCGCUGUUUCUAUGCGAGAACGCUUAGGUUGUAGAAAAUUACAAUGCUGUGUUAAUGCAUUUUUAAGUAAUGUUAUCAGCUUCAACUUGCAAAGAGAAAAAUGUAAAAGGUACCCAGAAAAGAUAUUUAAACAAGCCUCUUUACAAACAAAAGUUUUACUUGGACGUAAAAAAUCGCGCGGUUGCCUCUAAACUCGAAGCAAAAAUAAAGGAGUUAGGAGGGGACAUUGAAUUAUUCUUAGUAAAAGAUAUAAAGGGCCUUAUAACCGAUAAGGACGACUUGGGUGUUACAAACAAUAAACUUUUUAUUCCAAAGACGCCCCAACCAGGUUCAAACCAGUCAUUCUUCAAUUCUCCAAUUGGAAAUGAAAAUGAUAAGGCUAGACCGAAAACUCGAGCAGAUGCUAUGCUUGCAAAAGCAAGAGUACAAUCCUCUGUAUCAACUAAAGAUCCUCUGGAAGAAGCAAAAAGUUGGGGAAUUUCUAUACUUUCCGUCGAAAAGGCAUUUGUCUGGUUAGAUAAGGUGGAAUUGUCAGUAAAACUUUCUUUGGAAAAGAAAAAAUUGAAAGCUAUUGAACUUAAAACUCCCUACCUUAAAUUUGAGGCUUUUGACAGGAAAACGCGUCCGGUGUUUCAGGAGAUCCCGAACUGGCCCAGUUUCAACUUAAACGGCGCAAAAGGGGAGCCCGCGUUCAUAUGUCGCUCUCUCCGGGAGCACACCAUGACCCGUAAGACGCGUGCCCAAAACGCCAAGACCAUAAAUUUGCUUCAACCGGGCUAUUGUGAGGCCUGUCGGGUCGAGUACGCUUACCUGGAAGAGCAUCUUAAAAGUGACGAACAUCAAAACUUUAUCAACGACUCGGGCAACUUUAAGGAGCUCGACGACCUUAUUAACGACGGGUGCAACAUUAGCUCUUUUUUGAAAGUUAAUGGUGCUAGUUUGGGAAAAUAUCCAGAUAGAAACAAGUGUGCUUCGCCAAUAAAAACCACUGUAUCUCUUAAAAAAAUGCCCAGGACUAGAACUAGUAUAGUCUGUGAUAAACAAAAACCUCUCAUUUCACCUACCGGAAAUGAUUCAAGGCACAAUUUAAGGACAAGAAGGAAAAAUUCUGUAUAUAAUAGUAUCAGUUCGGGAUGCGAAGAGGAAGUCGUCAUAAAACCUGUACGAGAAUUAAGAUCAAGUACAAGAUUAUCUGCGAUGACGCCAAAGGGCAAUUCGAUGGAAGAUAGCGACACUUGGAGUUCUGGAAGACCAAAGAGAUCCUGUAUUAAACAGAAAAGGGUUUCAGCUGAUGAAAGGCUUGUCUUUGAUAACAAAACUUAUUACAGGGUUGAAGUUUUAUCAAAUAAGUUGCGUUCAAGUGCAGUUCCUCUAAGGGGCCCUGAAGCGCCCAAAAUCCAACCGAAUAGCGAGGAGGGCCAGGAAGAUAAAGGUUUAAUAGUGAAAUUUCGGAAAAUGAGGUAUUCUGAACUCGCCCGUUUAAAUGACGAAGCAGAAAACUUUCUGUUUCCCAGAAGAGAUGAAUCUAGCUCAGAAGAGGACGUUGACGACGAUGCUCCACAUUCAACGCAAAGUCCAAGGAAAGAUGAAAGUUCGGUUCUUCUUUCCAGUGAAUCUGAUACCAAAAUUAGUAGAAUUAAAAACGAAGAGGAACAUUCUAUGGAUAGUAGCUGUUCUGAGCAUUCUGUUGGCCGAAAAAAGAAAAGGAGGACGCAGGCAGAGGCUUUUAUAGCUGAUAAUCAAAAAUAUUACAAAUUUGAAAUGCCAGGGUCUAGAUUAAGGUAUCAAGGAUCUUAUUUGUCACCAAUUGGUGCCAAAAAUAAUGGGGAGUGUUUAGUGAAUGAUAGAGGUAGUAAAUCGGAGCAGAAAGAGGAAUUUAAGGAAGCGAAAGUCGAUUUAAAUGAUAUACAGUUUUCAUUCGAAACAGUACCAAAAAGUGAACCCUGGUAUCAGACAUUCCAGAGGCAAGACAACGGAGAAGAGUAUUAUUACUGCAAUUUUAGCGAUUCAGGGUAUUGGAAACCGUUCAUUCUUCCAUAUGAAAUAGGCCCAUUACCACCAGUGGAUCCUCGAAUAUGUAUAAUGGCUUACAGACAAUCUCAAAAGCAGGCAGAAGAAUCGACUACGCUCAAAGAAAACCACUUUAUCCCACCUGAAUCUACGUCUCAAGGUGGUGGAUCUACUGCCGCAUCUCCUGUUAAACCUGAACCGGCUCAAGUAGAAAAUAUUUCUAAAGAAACUUUCGUGCAAAGUGACCGUGAAAUAAAAGUGGAACAUACGACUGAAAUUAAAAACAAUAAUUUUAGGAAACCUGGUCGUCGAAGAAAAGGAAUUUUACUUCCCAGUCGUAAUCCGAGGAAGUCACCGAGACAACACGCCUCCACCUUAGCCAUUUUAAGUAGUCUAAUACAUCAGAGAAAAAGACGAGAGGGUAAAAAUUCGAGAAGUCCUGAUAACAGCAGUAGUAUAACAACUUUAUCUAGCAUACCAGAAGAAAGGAAAAUAACAAAAACGUUAAACGAAAUUGAACUAGAACAAGACUACGAAUCGAUAGCGAAAAGCAUCGACGAAGUGUUGUCUGCCUCCUUAGAAGAGACUCCAGUUAAUGUUAAUUUAUUGAGGGAAGAAAAUUAUAAUGAAGAGGUAAAGUUAAAGCAUGAAAUGGGAGCCUUGGAUUUAUUAGAAGACUAUGCCAACCACAUACAGAAACAGAAUCAACAGAAAAUCGUCGAAAUAGAUAAUUGGCCGGCCAAAGUGUCUCCAGGUCGUAGAUGUGGCAGGAAAAAAAAGAAAAAUCGAACCGGUUGGCCUAACAAGAACAGACGAGUGUAUUUGAAGAAGGAGGACAAGGAAGACAACGAUCUGUCGGAACAAGAGAGCAUGAUCGAUUCGCCUGGCGUUAAUCAGGACUCUGAGGACGCUGAAGACGAUGAAACGAACGGUCUAAACAAUCACAAGACUGCAGUGAAUUCGAACUGUAAAUUCGACGAACAGUGUAUGAUUAAUAGUAAUAGUAGUAGUAGUGGCGCUAAUGUAAAUAAUAACGAACAACAGAAUGGAGACAAGCAGGGUACAAUUACUACCAUGACGAUGACAAACGGGCCUUUAUCGGAACCGAAACGUUUGGACGCCAAGUGUCGAGAACAACGUAAGUCGUCGAGUGACUUUUGCGCUGAAUUGGUCGUGGUUAGUGUUGGGGAAAAGAUAACGGACGGUGGUGGUGUUAACGUCGAUUUGGACAAGUGGGAAAGUGCCGAAAAAGUUUUAAAUGCGCGUCUAUCGAACAGCGACACAAUAACAGCCGAUAAACAAUUGCAACCGAUUGUACGCGUUGAAAAACUUGAAGGAGGCGCGACGACCACGUUAAAACGUGAGAGACAGAGCAGUUUGUCACCGCGACGAACGAACAAACGACCGCGUCGCAUGCCUGCCUCGCCGAAGUCGCCUCGUAUACUCAGGAAGCCCCGCGGACGAUGGUAUCGCGAACGAUUUUGAAAGGGCGCCCACUUGGAAAACAUCCCCGUCGAUUUAUUGUGUCAAUGGGUAGAAACACUGUUGCAAUAUCAGUAUUCGUUUUCGAAUAUAAGUGACAUAUAUAAGAAAAAGAAUAUAGCCAGAAAAGCUAACACGUCAGAGUAUAACGUUUAUACUGUUUUUAUUUUAAAUAAAAAGCUUUACAACU